AUGCAUUAUAAAAAGGUGGAUGAAAACAAUGCACUUGAAAGUGAUAUGGAGUUAGAGUCAUCUCAAUCACCAAGGCAAGUUAUGAAAAGUGCGAAAAAAAAGAUGUACGAAAAAGAGAAGAAGGAUCCAUUUGAUAUUUAUGGUGAAUAUAUAGCUGCUGAAUUAAGUAGUGUUAAUGAUGACCAUGCCGUAACACAGGCAAAGUACCAUAUUAAUAAUAUACUGUAUGAAUUAAAAAUGGGACGAUAUAAUACAUAUGGAUAUCAAACGGCAUCUUCUCAUACAUCAUCAACACCAAAUAAUGUCCAGGAAACUGAAAUACGGGAAAUUGCAAGACAGGACACAAAUAGAGUAGAUGCAAUAGAAGACGAAAUAGAAGAUUCUGCUAUACUACUCGUAAACUUAGUUAACUAUCUCAGUGAUGAAUCAACACAAUAG